AUGAUUUCCACUUUAACUGUACUAUCUUUUUCAGAGAUGAACCGUCCAGAUCCAUCCAAGUACAAAAUUGAUCCUCGCACAGCUUUUAAAGACUGCAAGAGACAUGAUUGGGUUGAACCAAAUCAUGGCAGAUCAAAACUUGUCAAAAUACAAGCUAAUGAAUCAAGAUGCUUUUAUGGCAGCUUUCUCCUUAGCAGCAACUCUUCAUACACUGUUACAGCAGCUCUUCCAGAAAAGGUCAACAAGACAUACACAUGGAAUUACUCCGAACCAAUGAAGAACGCUCUUGCCAUUCUUGCUAAGUAUAAUGAGUCUGGCGAAAUUGAUUCCCAACCAGUUGCAAAGAUCCAAUGCACUGACAAUACAACUGAUUGCUUCAUCCAAAUUUUACCUGUUAGACCUUCUUUCAACUUGACUAGAAAUGUUAAUGUUAAGGGUGUAAACACAACCAUUAAAGAUGUCCAGCAGACAAUUGUUAGCACAAAGAAGUCUGGCUCUGAAAAGCUUAUCAUCCGUAAGAAAGUAAAGAAUACAUCAAAGAAAUCCAAAUUAAUUGAGAAUUAUGUUACUGUUGGUUUCUUUGGCUCAGACAAUGUUAUGGAGUUCAACUUCAACCGCCAAAAUGGAACAGGUUUCGUCACAUCUCUCGGUCGUAAUGACAGAGCUCAAUAUCCUAGAAACCUUACUGGAACCGUGGGUAAGUCAAGAUUAGCUUUCUUCUAUCCAGUUCUCAAUGAGCGAGAAUUGAAUAAUGGUACAGGACCUCAACCUCCAAAACCUGAUCAGAAUGGAACACAGCCACAGCCACCAAGACCAGAACAAAAUGGAACACAACCACAGCCACCAAGACCAGAACAGAAUGGAACACAGCCACAGCCACCAAGACCAGGACAGAAUGGAACACAACCUUAUCAACCAGGAGAUGAUCACCAUGAGAACCAAGAUGACAGGCGCCAUGAUGAUGAUAGAGAUAAUGACAAUGGAAGAGAAAGAUCUGCUGCCCGUCAUACUGAUGAUGAUAUUUCUCGCGAAGAAAAAGAAUGCGACUACAAUUUAUCUGUUGAAAUUUCCUACUCUGUCUACCAGGAAAAGACAGCUUCUGAAGAUGAUGAUGAAACUACAGUCUGGUUCUUCCCAGAAAUAUACGCUUCUUUAUCUGCAAAUGGCGGCGUUUUCACACAAGAAACUAUCAAUGUUGAGACAUCUGAAACAACAACAGACUCUGAAACAUCUGGCACAGUCACAAAGAAGAGUAAAGCUGGUUUAAUCGCUGGUUUAGUUAUUGCUGGUGUUGCAGCAGUUGUUAUUGGCGCAAUUCUCGCUGUCUUCAUUAUCCGCAAGAAAUCAAAGAAAGAUUACUCAACAGAGUUCGAGACAGUUGGUGCAGAGAGUCUCGUUUAA